AGUUACGGCCCCGAAGAAGUGAGAGAACUGUCUAAAAUGGACAUCGUAAGGAAACUUCUCUUCCUCCUGCUCCUGUCCCGCUCAGUGUCCUCACUUCAGCUGACUGGACCGUCCGUACAUGCAGCCAGGCUGGGAUCUGACGCUCUGGUUCCUUGCUCGUUCACAGUGGAUAAACCUCCUGUAGAUCCCAAUCUUCUAACAAUCUACUGGAGGUUUUUCGAUAAGGAAAUCCUGAGCUAUAAUAAAACUGUGAUGACGACAUCUUCUAGAUAUUCCCUGAGCACAGAAGCAUUAAUGGCGGGGAAUGCCAAUCUGACUAUUUCUAAUAUACAAAUACACGAUGGGGGAAUGUACAAGUGUUCAGUGAUGUACGGCUCAGAGAAGAAGGAGAAGGAGCUCCGGCUGGACAGUGGAGCUCCUCCGCAGGUGACAAUCACAGGUAAAACAGUUGUACUGAAUGAGAAGAGCUUCCUCCGCUGCUCCGCCGCUGGAUUCCACCCUCCGGACAUUGAAAUGAAAUGGUUCAAGGGUGGAGAAAAACUGGAGGAUAAUGUUUUUACUGGUGAAUCCUGGAAAAACCCAGCCAGGACCUAUAACAUGAACAGCACCGUGACUAUAAUACCUAGUGAGGAGGACAGGGAGGGGAACUUCUCAUGUAGAGUCCAACAUAAGUUCCUGCAGGAGCCUCUCCAGGAAGACUUCCGUCUGCUGUAUGAGGACACAAGCUCGGCUGGGAUCAUUGCUGCCUGUUCUGUUAUUGGGAUUAUUCUGAUAGUUCUCAUCGCUGGUGUUCUGUACUGGAAACUAAAACUGAGGAGGAAAGAUAAUGGAGUAUUCAUAGUAAGAGACUUCAAGGGUCCUUCUAAGCUGAUUGAUGGAGAGGAGGCCACCCUGUACUACACAGUGGACAACUGCCCCGAGAACCUGUGUGUAACCUGGAUGAUGAGAAGAGCUGGACAGGUCCAGGAGAUCCAGACGUCUCAGAUGAGAGAACAUUCAGAAGAAGAAGAGGAGAGCUUACUGGAUGCAUCCUAUGUGAUCAGAUCACAACGAGAGGGACAUCAGUACUUAUCAUCACUGAGCUUCAUACCCCAUAUGGAAAGACACAAAGAUGUCACCUUCAUCUGUAGAGGAGUCUACAAAAAGCAUAAUGAUGAGAAGAAGUUUCACUGUAAGACCAUUCAUGUGAAGGCCAAGCUGUCACAGCCAAUAAUGAGAAGUCUAAUGGACUCUGGAGAGAUGAAGUAUUUGCUCAACUUGGAGAAAUUUUAUCCUAAAACCAUCAAGAUUAUAUGGAUUUGUGGAGUGGGAGAACCAGAAGAAGUCCUGUCAUCCACUGAAUCAGUGUCCGAUAAUCCUGACAGAACCUACAGCGUCUCCAGUGAGGUCAGAAUUCCUGAGGAACGUCACAAGGAUCCAGGGUUCAGAGUCCGAGUGACCUGGGAUCAUGAAUCAUUGGGAGAAGCAGAAUCCAAGGAGCUCUCUAUCCGAGACUCAGAUUACAGAUGGACGCCAGUUGUAGAAGAGAUCCAGAUUCCCCGUCUACUUCAUGGCACCCCGGCCACCCUGCAGUGUAAUAUCUCAGGGUAUUUCCCGGAUGCAGUCACUGUGAGAUGGAGGAGACGUGCUGGAGAUGAGAUGUAUGAAGAGACGGAGAACCAGAGGAUAACAUCCAGGAGAGCGGCCGAUAACACCUGUAACUGUACCUCCAGUCUGACCAUCACCCCCACACUGGAGACACAUCAGGGGGCAGAAUAUAUAUGUCUGGUGGAGCAUCCCACCCUGGAGACACCCAUAGAGAAAACCACUGGGAGGCUACAAGUACUUGUUAAACCCCAGCUGUCACAAGCAGUGAUAAGACGUCUCAUGGACACUGGAGAGAUCAAGUAUGUGCUCAACCUGGAGAAAUUUCGACCUAAAAAGAUCAGGAUUGUAUGGACAUGUGGAGUGGGAAGACCUGAAAAAGUCCUGCAAUUCACUGAAUCAGUGUCAGAUAAUCCUGACAGAACCUACAGCGUCUCCAGUGAGGUCAGAAUUCCUGAGGAACGUCACAAGGAUCCAGGGUUCAGAGUCCGAGUGACCUGGGACCAUGACUCGAUGGAGGAAGCAGAAUCCAGGGAGCUCUCUAUCCGAGACUCAGAUUACAGAUGGACGCCAGUUGUAGAAGAGAUCCAGAUUCCCCGUCUACUUCAUGACACCCCGGCCACCCUGCAGUGUAAUAUCUCGGAGUAUUUCCCGGAUGCAGUCACUGUGAGAUGGAGGAGACGUGCUGGAGAUGAGAUCUAUGAAGAGACGGAGAACCAGAGGAUAACAUCCGGGAGAGCGGCCGAUAACACCUAUAACUGUACCUCCAGUCUGACCAUCACCCCCACACUGGAGACACAUCAGGGGGCAGAAUAUAUAUGUCUGGUGGAGCAUCCCACCCUGGAGAAACCCAUAAUGAAAACCACUGGGAGGCUACAAGUCACUGUUAAACCCCAGCUGUCACAAGCAGUGAUAAGACGUCUCAUGUACACUGGAGAGAUCAAGUAUGUGCUCAACCUGGAGAAAUUCCGACCUAAAAACAUCAGGAUUGUAUGGACAUGUGGAGUGGGAAGACCAGAAGAAGUCCUGUCAUCCACUGAAUCAGUGUCAGAAAAUCCUGACAGAACCUACAGAGUCUCCAGUGAGGUCAGAAUUCCUGAGGAACGUCACAAGGAUCCAGGAUUCAGAGUCCGAGUGACCUGGGGCCAUGACUCGAUGGAGGAAGCAGAAUCCAGGGAGCUCUCUAUCCGAGACACAGAUUACAUAUGGACGCCAGUUGUAGAAGAGAUACAGAUUCCUCGUCUACGUCAUGACACCCCGGCCACCCUGCAGUGUAAUAUCUUGGGGUAUUUCCCGGAUGCAGUCACUGUGAGAUGGAUGAGACGUGCUGGAGAUGAGAUGUAUGAAGAGACGGAGAACCAGAGGAUAACAUCCGGGAGAAUGACCAAUAAUACUUACAUCUGUACCUCCAAUCUGACCAUCACCCCCACCCUGGGGGCAGAAUAUAUAUGUCUGGUGGAGCAUCCCACCCUGGAGAAACCCAUAGAGAAAACCACUGGGAGGCUACAAGUCACUGAAAAAUACACAAGAACCACAAAUCCUCGCUCCAGUCCAGGAAUCACUGGCAAACGGAAGAGCUAUAACAGAUGAUAAAUCCUGCCAGGCCGCAUGCAAUAAGAUACUGAUCACAUCAUCACUAGGACUGCCAUAUCAAUAGGCCAAAUAGUGCAGCACCGCCAGGAUACCCUCCGGCGCUGGACGAGACAACUACGCCCGGCACAAAUCACCACAAAAACCCGCAGAGAAAAAAGGGCAAUAAGAAAAACCAGCGCAGCGAGCCGCUCACACCACCACAGGCUCUCACUGGGAUUGCCGCAUGCACCAUAUAACGGGCUACUUUAGUUUUUGCUAUGGCAGUGCUAUUAAUCCUCUCUCUGUCGUGCUGGGCUGCGCAGACUCCUUUCUACAUUGUGCUAUUUCGUGAGGAUAGCUUCCUGCGUUGAAUAUAAAUUAUUACAGGUCAUUUGGUAAAACGAGAAUUAAGAGUACGAAGUGGAAACUGUAAAAUCGGCAACGGUGAAUAUUCAUCUUUAUUUGUAUGUCGACAGCAUAUUCUGAAGCACUUUACAAUUGGAGACAUAACAAACAAGUAACAUAAGUAAUCGGACAAAUGAUAAGACACAAAGAGAGCGCUCCUUGUCCACAAAGCUUGCAAUCUAUACCACAUUACCACCAGUGUGACCAAUGUUACUAUAUUCAGAGCUUGGGAUACAUAUAAUAAAGCUGUCUGCCAUUAGUGGUCAGAAAGGACCUUGUCCUGUAGAUAAGCCGGGGUCCUCUAUAAUUAUUCACCCCUCCCCCAGGCUUCUCUAGUAUUAUAAAUCCCACACGUUGUCACAUUUGCUUUGGAAACAAUAAAAACAUUAGAUGUCUGCAAAUAAUAUUCCUGUAGAAAGAAUUUAGAAAAAUUCAAGGAAAGUGUUUUCUACGAGGAUGCUGUUUUCCUGGGCUGCAGUACCAAGCACAGCCACUGUAGAAUGAGCGGCGCUGUGCUUAGUUUACUGUGAGGAGGCCGCGGCGCUCCCGUCAGCCUACAACAGUCGACGGUGGCAGUGCCGAGUGUCUGAACCCCACUGAUCAUACAUGGAUUACCUAUCAUGAGGAUGGGUUAUUGAUAUUUUACUCCUGGGAAAACUCCUUUAGUGAUUGGGCAGAGUGAUCGUGAAUCAUAGAGAGAGA